UCCUGACGUCACUCAGGACGCCGCUGCCCUGACGCUCCGCCUUUGCAUCCCCCACUGAACCCACAGUAGCUGGCGUUACCCCUCAAAGGAGUCGCUAGCAGUUUCCCCUGAGGCUUGGGAUACCACACUCUUUGACCCACCUAGCCUGGCCUGGCGCUGUCCGCCGCGUCCGUUCCGCCGUCAUGGAUCUGAAUCUAAACCGAGCGGAUUAUUUGCAGGUGGGGGUGACUUCUCAGAAGACUAUGAAGCUACUUCCUGCCUCAAAACAUAGAGCCACACAAAAGGUGGUUGUUGGAGAUCAUGAUGGCGUAGUUAUGUGCUUUGGCAUGAAGAAGGGAGAAGCAGUGACAGUGUUCAAGACUUUACCUGGGCAGAAGAUUGCAAGAUUGGAACUAGGAGGGGCUCUUAAUACACCCCAGGAGAAAAUUUUUAUUGCUGCAGGAUCUGAAAUUAGAGGCUUCACAAAGAGAGGAAAACAGUUCCUCUCUUUUGAAACAAACCUCACUGAAAGCAUUAAAGCUAUGCACAUAUCUGGCUCAGACCUUUUUCUCAGUGCAAGUUACAUCUAUAACCAUUAUUGUGACUGCAAAGACCAACAUUAUUACCUUUCUGGGGACAAAAUCAAUGACGUCAUCUGCCUUCCAGUGGAAAGACUACUUCAUGAAGUACCAGUGUUGGCCUGCCAGGACAGAGUACUCCGAGUUUUACAGGGAUCUGAUGUGACGUAUGAAAUUGAAGUUCCUGGCCCACCUACUGUUUUAGCCCUACACAAUGGAAAUGGCGGUGACUCUGGAGAAGACCUUUUGUUUGGAACGUCAGAUGGAAAACUUGGGCUUAUUCAGAUCACUACAUCCAAACCAAUACACAAGUGGGAAAUUCGAAAUGAGAAAAAGAGGGGAGGUAUUUUGUGUGUUGACAGCUUUGACAUUGUGGGUGAUGGGGUUAAAGAUUUACUUGUUGGAAGAGAUGAUGGAAUGGUGGAAGUAUAUAGUUUUGAUAAUGCCAAUGAGCCUGUUCUACGAUUUGAUCAUACGUUGUCUGAGAGUGUCACAUCAAUCCAGGGUGGUUGUGUAGGGAAAGAUGGCUAUGACGAAAUCGUGGUAUCCACAUACUCAGGCUGGAUUACAGGUCUGACCACAGAGCCUGUUCAUAAGGAAAGUGGACCAGGAGAAGAACUAAAAUUUAAUCAGGAGAUGCAGAAUAAAAUUUCUUCUUUACGGAGUGAAUUGGAACAGCUGCAGUAUAAAGUGCUACAGGAGAGAGAGAAAUAUCAACAGUCUUCUCAGUCAAGCAAAGCAAAAUCAGCAGUACCUUCAUUUAGUGUAAAUGACAAGUUUACAUUAAAUAAAGAUGAUGCCAGCUACAGCCUUAUCUUAGAGGUGCAGACAGCGAUAGAUAAUGUCUUAAUACAGAGUGAUGUUCCAAUAGAUUUACUUGAUGUGGAUAAAAAUUCUGCUGUUGUCAGCUUUAGCAGCUGUGAUUCUGAGUCAAAUGACAAUUUUCUCCUCGCCACUUACCGGUGCCAGGCAAAUACCACAAGACUAGAGCUCAAGAUUCGCUCAAUUGAAGGCCAGUAUGGCACACUUCAAGCAUAUGUGACUCCAAGAAUUCAACCCAAAACAUGUCAGGUCCGCCAGUACCAUAUCAAACCCCUUUCACUCCAUCAAAGAACUCACUUUAUUGAUCAUGACAGACCCAUGAAUACAUUGACUUUGACAGGCCAGUUCAGUUUUUCUGAACUUCACUCCUGGGUGGUUUUUUGCAUGCCUGAAGUUCCUGAAAAACCUCCAGCAGGAGAAUGUGUGACAUUUUAUUUUCAGAACACCUUCCUGGAUACACAACUUGAAAGUACCUACAGAAAAGGCGAAGGAGUUUUUAAAUCUGACAACAUUUCUACUAUAUCCAUCCUAAAAGAUGUGCUCUCUAAAGAAGCUACAAAAAGGAAAAUUAACCUCAACAUAUCUUAUGAGAUAAAUGAAAUAUCAGUCAAACACACAUUAAAGCUAAUCCACCCAAAGCUGGAGUACCAGUUGCUUUUGGCUAAGAAAGUGCAGUUAAUUGAUGCUUUAAAAGAAUUGCAGGUUCAUGAGGGAAACACAAACUUUCUGAUACCAGAAUAUCGCUGUAUUCUAGAAGAGGCAGAUCACCUACAGGAAGAAUACAAAAAGCAACCUGCACAUCUUGAAAGACUCUAUGGCAUGAUCACCGAUCUUUUCAUAGAUAAGUUCAAGUUUAAAGGCACCAAUGUAAAAACCAAAGUGCCUCUUUUACUGGAAAUUCUGGACAGUUAUGACCAAAAUGCACUGAUUGCUUUCUUUGAUGCUGCAUGAAAUAUAAACAAGGUAAAGUUCCAAAGAAGUUGUCCAUUUAAAUAAAAAUUGUUAAAAUAGAAUUACAAGCUAACUGUACAUACUUUUAUUUCAAGUGCUUUUUAAUACUGUCUAAAUAUAAAUGAAGUAUGACUUGUUUUUUGUAGCGGUUUUUUUUUUUGACAAAUGUAAUUUUUUUAAAGUAAAGAGAAUUUUUAUUUUUUAAAAAAUGGAAUAUUAUAACAGAUUUUAAUGAUUUUUUUUUUCAAGAGGCUGUUUUAACUUUCAAAUCAAAAAAUAUUGUUUAGAAAAUAGACACAUUUAAAUUUUUAACAAGCUAACACAUAUGUAUAAACUGCUUUACAGUUUUCAAAAUGUAUGUACAUAUGUGACCUCAAGUGAUCUUCACAGUAUGUUGAUUAUUUUGUCAAAUCACAGAAGAAAACUGAUUCUCAGUGAGAUUGUGUUUAAGAGGACAUGCUGUUAUUUCAUGAAUGUGGGACCCAAGUUCUGGUGCCUCAGUUAUGUUUUGGUUACUAUGUGUGUUGUCAACUAGGUGAUAUAACCUAUAAAUUUUUUUUCUAGGAAUUGAGAUUGAUUUACAACUGAUUUUGCUGUUGCUUGGUAAUGUUUUGUGGCUCCUACUCAGUUUGUUAAAUACUUGGGUUGGCUCAUUGCUUUAAAUUGUGGCCAGGGAAAUCAGACCUUGCACAGACUGGGGGGAUUUUGUACUACAUAUGAAUAGUACAGAAAUAGUGAUGGCUUCUUAGAUUUUCCUGCACUAAUAAAUACUAAUUUCCUUUUUUAUCAUAUAUGGAGGGAAAUAUAACUUUAAGACUAUGGAAGUCAUCAAUCUUAAUUCAUAUUUAUUCUUAUUCAGGUGAAUAUUAUACUUAAGAUUGUGCUAUUUAAAGUGGCAUAAGGAUUAUAAUAGAAAAUAAACUAUUUGUGUUUUCAAGAAGGGCACACUUAUUAAUUUGUUGGAAAACAACAAUGCUCCUCAAUUAUAUACCAUUAUAUUUAUUAGUUAUGUGCAAGCCUUGUUGUAUAUUAAAUGUGAAAAUUUGUUAAA